CACAAUUUUCUUAUUAGCUGCUAGCUCCAGCAAAGACAAAAUGGAAUCUGUUCAUGGACGUUCAUCUUUCUCUUACAUUGCUUUAUUGGGUCUUACUUUGAUUUUUGCAUUUGAAGGCACCAAUGGUGCAUUGAUGUCCAAAGAGACCCAAAAUCUGAUCCACAAGCUCAAUCUUGAAGGCCCUUAUUUGGGUGUAGUCAUUCCAAAUCUCUUUGAGCAAAACCCUCUUCUUAAUUCUGAUGACUACACUGCUACUGAUGUUAUCAUUGACAUUUCUGGAAGGAGAUUUCGUUUCGGAAGUAUUGGUGACCAAAAAGUAAUUUCAGUCAUGACAGGAUUGGGCAUGAUUAAUGCAGGAAUAACUACUCAACUUUUGUUGAGCUUCUUCAAAGUGGAAGGAGUUGUGCACUAUGGGAUAGCUGGGAACGCAAACCCUUCUCUCAAUAUAGGAGAUGUGGCUAUUCCCCAGUACUGGGCUCAUACUGCUCUUUGGAACUGGCAGAGGUACGGACAAGGGGUUAAUAAUGAGCUAGCUCUGGAAGCAAACGGAGACUAUACAAGAGAAAUUGGACACUUGAGAUUUGCAAACUACGCAGUCAACGUAACAGGUGGAGACAACGUGUUGAACAACAUUUGGUACCAACCAGAGGAAAUCUUUCCCAUUGACGGCACUCCUGAGGAAAGAGAGCAUGCCUUUUGGAUCCCUGUUGAUCCUCAUUACUAUUCCGUCGCCAAAACUCUCAAGGAUCUAGAACUGGAGAGCUGUAUAAACUCAACGACAUGUUUGUCGACAACGCCGAAAGUGUACACAGUGGAAAAGGGAUGCAGUGCGAGCAUAUACCUAGACAACGCAGCCUACCGCAGCUUCAUAUACGACAAGUUCAAAGUCAGCCCCGUCGACAUGGAGAGCGCUGCAGUGGCCCUCAUCAGUCUCCAGCAAAGGGUGCCUUACAUCGCCAUUAGGGCUCUGUCUGACUUGGCCGGCGGUGGCUCCGCCGACUCCAACGAGGCCGAUACCUUCAUCACGCUGGCUGCCGAUAACUCCAUUAUCGCUGUCUUGGCUUUUAUCAAGCAGCUUUCGGCAUUUAAGAGUGGUGGUGUCAGUUCUAUCUAGUAAUAUUAAUGUAGCAAACAAAUGGAUGCAUGUAGAGCUAGGUAUUACUACUACCACACAUCGAGUUUUGUAAUGUGUGGUGUUUGUUUCCUUGCUCCUUAAAUAAAUUAUCUUAUUUCUUCAGGACCA